UUUAUCAGGAAAUGCUGCCACAAAGUAUAUAGUUCGUAUUCGGUAGUAAAUACUGCCAGAUCUGCAAUUGUUCAAACACUGAAUAAUAUGGGAAAUAGUAGCUUCAAAAAUCAGCCUUUAGUGGCUCGGUUUAUGAAGAGUUUAUUUAACAAAAUGCCUACAAGACCACGAUACAUGUUUACAUGGGAUGCAUCAGUGUUACUGAAGCUUCUUGGUUCCAUGUAUCCACUGGAUAAAUUGUCACAAAAGGAACUUACCCUAAAAACUGUUUGUUUGUUGGCCUUGUCAACUGCACAUCGAUGUCCGACUUUGUCUGUUUCAGUUUAG